AUGGCUCAUCAAGCUGGUCUUGUAAUUGACAAGCCGGGCGAUACAUUCUGGGUCGUCCGAGACAUCCGCCCCCCAUCUCCAGGAAAGAAGCAGGUGCUGGUCAAAUCUCAGUUCGUGGCUCUCAACCCAAUUGAGGUCAUAAUGGCCCAGAGCGGCAUACUCACGACCGAGAUGCCCGCCAUUCUUGGAUCUGACUUUUGUGGAAUCGUCGACGAGGUGGGCAGCGACUGCACCAAGCUCCAAGCUGGCGACCACGUCUUUGGGCUCUGUCGGCUCGGCCAGAAUCCCUACUCUCCAUUCCAAGACAAAUUUCUAGUCGACGAGGACUUGGCUUUCAAAAGGCCAGAGAGGUUAGACGCCGAGGUCGCUGCCAGUGUCGGCGUGGGUGUAUUGACGUCUGCAUACGGCAUCAUUAUAGGAGGAGAUGUCGCUUUGCCCAAGCCCGGCCAGGAAGUCAACCCAAAGGACGAAUGGAUCGUCGUCCUUGGCGGCAGCGGAACCGUUGGCCAAUAUGCGAUACAACUCGCUCGGCUGUGUGGCUACAAAGUCGCGGCUUCCUGUUCUCCCGCCAAUAUUCCCACUAUCGAGCGUCGUGGCGCCAAUGCUAGUUUAAACAGUCGCUCUCCGCCACAGUAUCAGGCGGAAGAGAUCCAGAAGAUAACUGGUGGCGAUUUCGGCGUUGUAUUUGAUGCAAGUGGCGUCAGUCAGAACGCUGCUCUGGCGGCGUUGAAAAACUCCACCAGAUCGAAGAAAUACUUCAGUACCGUUGACGAUUUCACCGAAAUCGAUGUUCCUAGUGACACCAAGGAAUAUCGAGUAGAGGCAGGUCAUCUUGGUCGAGACACCACCCUCGGUCGUCAAGUCACGGAUGAGGCGAGGCGCAUGAUCCCCUUGCUUGAGGGCCACAUCGAAUAUGGAGCCAUUGUCCCAGUCGACUGUGAAAUGUACAAAGAAUCCGGCUGGGGGGCUUUGGCUGAAGCGAUCGCCUACUUUCAAGCUGGCCAUGCUAAGAAGAAGCUGAUUGUUCGUGUCCAGGACUGA